AUGGACACCGAGCCGCCGACAGAAGAGUCCGAGAUCAAGGAAAUUGCCGAAACAGCAAUCAUAGCUAAAGACCCACCUAAAGAUGAAGAAACCUCAUCCGAGAUGAGUAUCGAUAAAGAGGGAGAGUCUUCAGAAGAAAACAAAUCAACAGGAGGAGAAUCAACAGCCAAAAAGAUAAUUGGCAUCCUAUGGUAUAUUGUUGGAAAGCUGAAGCUAAAGCAAAUUUUUCAGCCUCCCAUUAUUGCCUCAGCUUUGGCUAUCAUCAUUGGCACUAUACCAUUUUUGAAGAACUUCAUCUUGACUGAUGAUGCCCCGCUAUUCUUCUUCACUGACAGCUGCCUUAUUCUUGGGGAAGCGAUGAUCCCAUGUAUUUUGCUUGCUCUGGGUGGAAAUCUUGUGGAUGGCUCUGGCCCAGGCAGCAAAAGACUUGGUUUACGAACAACUGCUAUCAUAUUUGGAAGAUUGGUUUUGGUUCCUCCUACAGGACUUGGAAUAAUCACCAUUGCUGACAAGCUUGGACUUUUUCCCAGGGGCGACAAAAUGUUCAAAUUUGUCCUGCUGCUGCAGCACACUAUGCCAGAAAGAUAUGUACAACAUCUUUGUCAUCAUCAUCUUUAUGCCAUUUAUUCUGGGGAAAUGACUUAA